AUGGAGGCCUUGGACGCACAAAAGAUCUUGAAUGGUGGUACAAAACUCAAUUCCUUUCAGACGCGCGAGCUCUAUCAGCCUUGGACUCGCCAGUCAAAAAUUUCUAGCGAUGCCACCGAGGACGCUUUUCGAGGCAUUAGGCUUAUCCAGUUCCACACCUUCGAGUGGUCAGUAAAAUCAGUUGCCUCGCGUGCGCGUGCGAUGCGUCUUAUGGCCUGCAUGGUAAUAACCGAACAGGCGGUCAUCAAUGCAUACAGGCCAGAGCUGCUAGGGGAUCUCACAGGAGGCGCCGCUGCAAUCCGAUUUGCUCUAGAGGAAAAUACUACCCCAUAUCGCGUUGCCUUUCGUGGUGGAAAGAGGCAGAUGACGCUUACCGAUGACAAGGUCUUGAGCCCACGUCUUGUUAAUUUCACAUGGCCAGAUGGGCUUGAAAUCGACAGACAUGCACUUACCAAAAUUACGCAUAUCUUUGAUCUGGGAUUUGAGUUAGCUGCACACAAGCGUGACAUCAUGUGCCUGGGGCAGUCCCAUCAGUUACAGGCCAUCAUUAACGCUGUGCAAAAAAGUACCAUAGCCUGGGAGGAUACCACAGGAGCCGUCAGUGUACAAGAGCGUCCACCGCUUAGGCCUGAGGUGCAAUACGCGCUUGAAAAUCUGGUGAAGUCCUUGGAUGCCAAUGCAUAUGUACAGCGUCAGUCUUCCAAGUCAAAGAAGCAGACCUUCCAAAACGAAGUUCCAUCCUCUGAGUCGUUGACGGUUGCUUACUGGGGUUCUGAUGACGUGGAGGAAGCCAAUGAGAAUAACACAUUCAUCACGAAGAACAUGAAGUUUGUUAUACCUUCAUCGCAGGAAGAUGACCUACGUCUUGUCGAGGAGGCAAAGGCCCGUGAGUGCAAAUGGAAGCUACUAGUGGAUAGCGCCGAGGGUACUGGGAAGGGCAUGUUGGAGACAGGCGACUCCACAAAUAGGGUAAAUGGUGAUUCCUAUCAGACAAAGAACGAUUAUAAAGCCUGCGAUAGCCAUGUAAUUGCAGCCAAGAUAAACGGUUUAGAAGACGGCGAGAAUAGAGAGAGAGGUCCUGAUGAAGGGGAAGUGGAGGAAUGUAAUAACGGAGAAGAUGAAGAGGAAUGUAUUCCUACUUCCCUGCGAAAUCCUGCUAAACCAGACGGCCCAGCUUUUCUUGAUCUUAAGGAUGAAGAAGGAAAAAAAUCUAAUAUCAAUGGCCCGCAGAUUUUAGAAGAUCUCUGCUUGGACGCACCUCCUGAUGCUUUACCCACAGAACUGCCCAUCUUGUCCCUUCAUGGAUAUGAUGCUGGUGUCGAUGAUGAUCUAGAGCCUCAAGCCACUACCUCAGAUCAAAGCAUUUGUGUCACCUCGGAGACUAAUCGCACUCCAAACAUUUGCACAAUGGCAGGCUCUGCUAUGGUAAAGAAAACUCAAAAGCGUGGUCAUAACUCCUCGACAUCUUCUGAUGAGUCACACUAUGAAAGACCUGGCUCGAGCCAUCAUGAUAAGCACAGGAGAAAGCGUAGGCAGCUGGGUGAUCUAGGACGAUCUGGAAGCAGCACACUUAGGCAUUUUCAGGAUAAUGAUGACCUUACAAGCCAGCUUGGCUGA